AUGGUAUCGCGAAAGCGCACCCGCUCCGAGGUGGACGCUGCCCCCGAGCAGUCCCCGGAAGAGCCCAGCCUGCUGCACCGACUGCGUAACUGUUGGGAGUUUGCCAGUCUCAUGCAGUACAUCACUAUCUUUGGGAAGCUCAUGAAGAUUGACGAGGAUUUUGGUAUAGAUGAUCUGGAAAAUGAAUGCCUCAAGCCCGGCCCUUCGGAAAAACUCAUGGGAAUCGGACUGUGCCUGCUCAAAUGGGUCUCGUCGCAUCGCGGUCUCACAUUCGAUAAUUUCGACGAAUACACGCGCCGCCAGUACAAUGCGAAAGCUCCGCACAUCCCCAACCCCUUCGGGUACGACGAAGUCCCGAACAAAUUCGCUGACUUUGACGUCUUCCUGAAACUGCGCGUCCUGCACCAGCUUUCCAUCUGGACCUUCUGGAACCCCGACCGCAUCCGCGACAAGAUGCCGGAGCAGCGCGAAACCGACCAGACCCAGUGGCGGAUCGAAGAAGUCGGCUACGAUCGCGACGGUCGCUAUUACUACAUCCUCGAUGAUAACCGACUCUACCGCCGGACCGACCCUCCCAUCCCGCCUUCGAAGCCCGCGCCCAAGUCGAGGUCCCGGAGAAAGAGCGCGCGGGCGAUGAGAGCCGCCAAGCGACGCAAGGUCGAGGAGUCUUCCGACGAGGGGGAGAGUCACGCCAACGGCGACGUCGCCGAAAACGAGCCCCUCGAGGAGAUGACGUGGGAAUGCAUCGCCGUCACGCUGGACGACUAUAAGCAGUUCCUGGAGAAGAUCCGCAAGACAAAGGAUCCCGAUGAGAAGGUCCUGCGCGACCGCAUCGAAGAACAGGUGCUCCCGAUCAUCGAGAAGGAGGAAGAGGCCCAGGAACGCGAGCGCGUCAAGCGCGAAAAGGAGCUGUUCAAUAUGCAACUCCUCGCCGGGGCGAAGCGGUCGAGCCGUCUGGCCGGAAAGGCGGAGAAGGAACGACAGGAGCGAGAGGCUGCGGAGGCGGCGAAGAAGCACGAGGCUGAGUUGAUCGCUGCUCGGAAAGAAGAGGAGAAACAGAAGAAGAUGGAAACGGAGCGACAGGUGCGAGUCAUGACGCGCGAGCAUCGCAUCAAAGAACGGGAGAGGAAGCGCCAGGAGCACGAAUUGGAGCUGGAGAGGAUCGAGGAGGAGCAAAAGAAACGGGAACGGGGCGAAAGUCGGAUAUCCGAGCGACAGCUCCAGGCGGAGAUGGAGAAGCAGAGGAAGAACUUGGAGGAUCUAUCACAGGAGGAAGAAUGGAUCUUCGACUGUUCGGGCUGCGGUGUGCAUGGAGAGAACUUGGACGAUGGCUCUCAUAGUGUCGCCUGUGAAAAGUGCAACGUAUGGCAGCACAGCAAGUGUCUGGGCAUUGCGCAGGAUGAAGCGGAGCGUGAUGACUUCCAUUUUAUCUGUCAAGACUGCAAACGUCGAGAAGAAGAAGCGAAGCGCCCAAAGCUUCCGCCGCUGAAGUUCAAACUUGGCUCGUCACCUUCAUCUGCGAGUGCUCACAGCCCUCAGGCCAACAAGGGCGUCGGGGGCAUGGGGGUCUCUGUGCCUGCUCCACCGGCCAUUCACCAUGCUUCCCCCUCGAAACAGCCCAUGAUGCCCUAUCCUACGCCGCAGGGCGUCGUCCAGCCUGUUCAAUUUCCGCUGUCGCCUGAACGACGGCCUCAGACAGCCCAUGCUACCAUAUACGCCGCUCCUCCAGGUCCAUUUUCUCCUUCAAAGGGCCUGAAUGGAUUUGGUCCGUCUAUGGAACAGCGACCAACGCUUCCCCCAAUCCAGCAUGCCACCCAACUCCCACCCCAACAUCAGGCUCAUUUCCAGAGCCCCUUCCAGAACCGGCGACCGUCGUCUUCACACUCCGUGCACAGCCCAACUUUCCCCUCCCCUAUUCAGAACCGUCCGCCCAUGUCUCCUACCCAGGGGAAUCGCGAUGUUGGUCCUCUGGCAGGAUUUCCACCGGGAGGUUCGUCAGAGAGCCCUGCACCAUGGACCCCCUUCCGACAGCAUCAGGCUUCCCUGCCGGGUUCCGCAAACCGUCCAUCUUUCUCGUCCUUCCAUAGUGGUGUUCACCCUUCUUUCGCUGCCACUCCCAACGGGAGUCACUCAUCACCACCACAGAGUUCUCACGGCAGACCGUUGUCUGGCAUUAGCCCGACCAAGCAGUCUCCGCGCCCGAUGACCUCCGGCAGUGUUUCGGGAGCUCCAGUCCUGCCGCCGAUCCAGAAACUUGAACCGAGCCCUAAACUGAUGGGGCGAAGCUCACCCGACGCGCCGAUUCCGCCUCCGGUCAAGUGCAUGACUCCUGAGCAGGAGGAGCGUCGGCAGAGAGAGAAUGCUAUGAUGGCGCAGAUGCCGUCGCAGAACGGCCAGCACCCGAUGAUGUCGUCGCCGUCGCUCAACCGGCUACCUCCUUUAGGACCGUCAGCGAUAGGCCCGCGGCCCGGGACCUUUGCAUCUCCAGGAUCUCGCCCUGGUUCGCAAACGAAUGGUCAGUAG